GGCUGUGCGGCUGGCAGCUGUUGCUUAGCAACCCUGACCACCUGCUGCUGAGGAGACAAAGCCUCCAGCCAGGACCCUGUGCCCCUGACUGGCCUCACAUGCAUGGAAUGGUGCUGUGCCCUGUGCCAGCAGGCUGGGCUCACCAUGGUGCCAGGUGCCAUCCUGGCACGAGGGAGGGAUGUAUGCAAGCGGAAUGGACUGCUCGUCCUGUCUGUGCUAUCUGUCACCGUGGGCUGCCUCCUCGGCUUCUUCCUGAGGACCCGGCGCCUCUCACCACAGGAAAUUAGUUACUUCCAGUUCCCUGGAGAGCUUCUAAUGAGGAUGUUGAAGAUGCUGAUCCUGCCGCUGGUGGUCUCCAGCCUGAUGUCCGGCCUCGCCUCCCUGGACGCCAAGACUUCCAGCCGCCUGGGCAUCUUCACUGUGGCGUACUACCUGUGGACCACCUUUGUGGCAGUCAUCGUGGGGAUCAUCAUGGUCUCCAUCAUCCAUCCCGGUGGCGCAGCCCAGAAGGAGGCCACGGAGCAGAGUGGGAAGCCCAUCAUGAGCUCAGCCGACGCCCUGCUGGACCUCAUACGGUACUUCCCCUUUGGCAUUGUUUUCCUUAUCGCCGGCAAGAUCCUGGAGAUGGACGACCCCACGGCUGUCGGAAAGAAGUUAGGCUACUACGCAGUCACUGUGGUGUGCGGGCUGGUGGUCCACGGCCUCCUCAUCCUGCCCUUGCUCUAUUUCUUCAUCACCAAAAAGAACCCCAUUGUCUUCAUCCGAGGCGUCCUCCAGGCCCUGCUCAUCGCACUGGCCACCUCCUCCAGCUCAGCCACACUGCCCAUCACCUUCAAGUGCCUGCUGGAGAACAACCACAUCGACCGGCGCAUUGCCCGCUUUGUGCUGCCUGUGGGCGCCACCAUCAACAUGGACGGCACCGCACUCUACGAGGCUGUGGCCGCCAUCUUCAUCGCCCAGGUCAACAACUAUGAGCUGGACUUUGGACAGAUCAUCACCAUCAGCAUCACAGCCACCGCAGCCAGCAUCGGGGCAGCUGGCAUCCCCCAGGCCGGGCUCGUCACCAUGGUCAUUGUGCUUACCUCUGUGGGGUUGCCCACAGAUGACAUCACCAUCAUCAUCGCUGUCGACUGGGCUCUGGACCGCUUCCGCACCAUGAUUAAUGUGCUGGGUGAUGCGCUGGCCGCGGGGAUCAUGGCCCACAUCUGCCGGAAGGACUUUGCUCAGGACACAGGCACCGAGAAACUGCCACCCUGCGAGACCAAGCCAGUGAGCCUCCAGCAGAUUGUGGCGACUCAGCAGAACGGCUGUGUGAAGAGCGUGGCUGAGGCCUCGGAGCUGACCCUGGGCCCCACCUGUCCCCACCAUGUCCCUGUUCAGGUGGAACAGGACCAGGAGCCAGCUGCUGCCAGCCUGGACCACUGCACUAUUGAGAUCAGCGAGCUUGAGACCAAUGUCUGAGCCUGCAGAGCUGUAGAGGCCAGGGGAGACCUCCAGGGUUGGGGCCAAAGGUGACAUCUCAACUUAACUACUUUCCUGAGCAACUGACAGGGGCCAGCCUCACUUUCUUCCUACCCUUGAGAAGCCAGAAUUAGCUCUGCUGGAUGGAAAAUGGAGUCUCCGAGAGGGAACUCCAGGCUGAAGUGAUGAGUGGCAUAGGCCAGCCCCAACUGAGACAUUUCCACCGUGUUGGCCCAUGAGGACAUCUGGGAGGGGUUAUGGUCCUAACUUUCUGGAUGACAGAGUUGAGGCUGAAAACACAAUGUCCCAGGUCUCAGAGCAAGUAAUGUCAGGGCCAGGACUCUCACUCAAUCCUUCCAGCCCUGGUCACUCCCUCCCAGCAGACAGGGGCACCUGCGGGGCCAGACACCAAGAGAGGUUCUGCUCUUCUCCAGGAGCCCCAGAGCUACCACUGCUUUUGAUUUAUGAAGAUGUAACAACAGUGUCCUGGUUCUGCCCCCUGCUCUACUGUGUCCCGGCCCAGGCCAGCCCUCCACCCCAUAACACGUGGCGUCAAAUAACUCUCUCCAAGGACAGGCCCAGCCCAAGACCAAGGCCUGCUGCCUUGCACAUGCCACAGCCUAUCCAGUCUCUUGUCCCACCAGUUAUCUGUCGCUCAUCUGAUGUGGAGAUGGAGAUGUCUUAGAUUUUAUAUUCCUUUCUGUGUUUGCAAAUUCAGAGACAGCAAAAUAAAGGUAUUUUGUUUUUUCAAAUCUUGUAGGCUUAGUGACCAUGUUCUGGCCAGCAUUUCUUUAUUGGGCCAAUAUAGGCUGUCACAGCACAGACUGGCCUGUCUGGGCAGCUAGAGUAUGGACAGGCCUGUCCAGGUAGCCAGGACAUAAACAGGCCUAUCCAUGUAGCUAGAGUGUAGACAUGUCUGUCUGGGUUGUCAGGUUACAGAUGAGCCUGUCCUGGUGGCUGGAGUGAGGACAGGCCUGUCUGAGCUGUCACAUGUAAGGUGCAGAGUGCAAACUGGCCUGCCCAGGGACCUGUCUCAACAGCCACAGUGUGGACAGACCACUCUGCCCCUAGCCUGGGCUUUGCUCUGCAGGCAGGUCCCUCAGAUCAGUGCCCACAAAAGGAACAAAUUUCCUCAGUCAGUCUGGCUCCCUUUGGUGAAUGCUUUGCUUUAAAGAGGGGACAUGCCCAAAGACAUUUCCAGACUGUCUCCCUCAUUCUCCUCGGCCCCAGGGUGCCUCCGGGAGGCCCACAGGGGAAAGAAGUGAACCCUGGCCACAAAGCCUGUUCUGGAUGCACAGAACUGGUCAAGAUACAGUUCUGGGGUCUUGCACUAUGGAGUCAUGAAGACACUGAAGCUGGGGGAGGGAACAGGCCUCCCACUCAGAGAAUCAGGAGGGCAUCUGCCUCUCAGCCCCCAACUCCUUUACUACGUCCCAUCCUCCUCCCAUGGCCAUAGUCUGAGGAGUCUGGGAAGGGCCCUGACCCCAGAAUCCGCCUCCCACUGCAGGGCUGGGGGCUGUAGUGUCCA